AUGACUUUGAAUAUAUUUGACGGGGAGACUAUUAAUGUCCUAUUCUAUGGUCUUGGAGCGAUUGGCUCUGUUUACGCAUUCAUCCUAAGUCGAGUAUCAAACGUACGAUUAACUGUCGUAGCAAGAUCAAAUUAUCAGGCUGUAAAGGAGAAUGGACUGAAGCUUAUUAGUCAGAAUCAUGGAGAGAACACCUUUUACCCAGCUAACGUCAUCACAGCACCCGACGAAGCACCAGGUUAUUAUGAUUACAUAGUUUGCUCUAACAAAGCUAUUGGUCAAGAAGCUGUAGCUAAAUCUCUUGCACCAGUAAUGCCAGAAUCAACGACUAUAGUACUUAUCCAAAAUGGCGUUGGAAAUGAGGAUCCGUUCCGAGCAAUUUAUCCUCAAAGUACCAUUAUUUCCUGCGUUGCGUGGACCGGCGCCAUUCAAAACACGCCCGGUAUCGUUCAUCAUACCAAAAGCGAGAAUCUGUAA